AUGCCUGGUACGGCACCCUAUGGAAGCCUUUUCUCAAUGGCACCCUUGACAGAGGACAGACAUCCUUCGAGCCUUGAUUACUGGAAGGAGGCAGAUCUCCUACCAGGCUGGGGAAGCGGGCCUGAUGAGGGCCUGAACCACAAGCUUCUUCCAGGUGGAUACUUGAACGUGAACAAUUGGUCGCUCAGAAUGAUGGCAUAUCUGACUGCACAUCUGUCAACUACAUUUAAUGUGGUACAACUGAAAACAAACGCAUCAUCCUCCGUAGAAGGAUCGCCCAAAGAUUUACCACCUAACUAUACCGAAACUUCAGUGAAAACGCGAAAGGGUAGGCAAGUCCGAAGCACAAAUUCUGACAGUCAAGAAACAAAGGAGACAUCCUGUUUGAAAGUAUCGUUAGAUAAAUCUCUACUGCGUGUUGGACCUGCACUCAUCCUUUGGCGGCUCUGGGGUGUUAGGGACGUUGGUCUGUUCAAAGAGGCGGUCAUGGCAACCUUUACCGGAGACGGCAGUAUCAUGAACUUGAGAGAAAACUAUCAAGCGGAUGCAAAUUUACCUCAAAUAACCCAGAUGAUCGGGCGCUGGUGGACGAAGGAGGCCCUUCAGCAGAACAACAAGUCACCUGAUUCAUUAUUCGACUGGCCUCCAGACGCAAACUUCAGGGAGACUAUUUCAAGUCACGGUGCUAUGGUGACUUUACAAGGUGACCCAUCGACGAGGCGUAGGAAUCUGACUGGGCUGCAUCUUCAGUGCGUUACCAUAGAGGUAAUUUGUCUCCUUUUCCGAAACGUGGAAAGUUAUAGCUGCCACGAAGUGGGCGAUGGUCAGUGGGGGGCGAAGUUGAAUGGCGAAUGGAGUGGGAUGGUGCGGGAAUUACUGGACGGAAAGGCCGACAUCAUUGUAGCCCCACUUGACAUGACUCUCCUCCGAAGUGAAGCUGUCGAUUUCCUAGUAGCUCUGACUUCAGGCUGGUACAAAAUGGUAAUGAGACGACCAAAUGCACAAGAUCAUGUUUGGACGGUGUACACGAGAAUCUUUUCCACCGGGAUCUGGGCACUGCUGAUGGCAAUGGCAGCCACGAUGGUCUUUCUCUUUUAUUUCACAAUGAAAUGCAAACACAAUUAUCCUCGUUUUACGAUCGUGGAGUCCUUCACAGCAAUAUGCGGAUUUGCGUGUGAUCAAGGGACCGAAGUAGCGUUUCCCUUUACGUCAGGUCGCUUGAUGGCUUUUGUGAUACAGACGUUCUUCAAGGUUAUCGGAACCUAUUACACAAGCGUCCUUGUCUCUAGUCUGGCUGCUGGGUUGCCAGAUCCUCACUUGGUUACGUUAAGAGAUGUCCAUGAGAAGUCUUCUCUGACGUUUGGGCUUCUAAAGGGAAUGGCUACCAUAGAAUACUUCAAGGAGUCUCCUGACCCUCUGCACCAGAGUGUGUGGCAAUCAAUAAGAAAAGACAACUUCGCGGCCCUUUCUCCUGACCUUCCUUCAGGAAUCGAGAGAGUGAAGAGUGAGCCUUAUGUUCUGAUGGACUGGGAGCUCCGUCUCAUGCACAGAUACGGAGGCGAUUGCGAACUCUUCUUCUUGCCUACCUCCUACUUUGAGGUUAAAUCCUCAUUUGCUCUUCGGAAGGGUUCACCCUACGUUUCUCUCCUGAACAUGGCGUAA